AUGAAGGGCUUCGCAAAGGCCAUCAAGCGGACACCGCACCUGGUGACCACCAAGGUCGGCAUGUCUAAGAAGUCCACCGAUCCCGAAUUCGACGAUUACCAGCGCAACUUUGCCAUCCUCGAGACCGCCGUAGAGAAGUUUCUCAAGGACACGAGGGCGUUUACCGAUGCCGUCAAUUCCCUCUUCACGAGCGGCACCAGCUAUGCCCAGCACUUCGCAACCAUCUAUCAUCCCAUUGGCACAGAGUAUGACCUCCAGUCGAAGCACCCAGAGUCGACGGAGACCAUUAAGAACGUCGAUGGCUUCCACGGCGCGCUCGAGGAGCUCCGCUCUACCAUCUUCCCCGAGCUCGAGCUCAUCGACAGCAGGGUCGUCGGGCCCCUCAAGGAGUUCCAAGGCGUCAUGAAGACUAUCCGCAAGAUGAUCACAAAGAGGGAUCACAAGCUCGUCGACUACGACCGGUUCAACAACUCGUUGAUCAAGCUGCGCGACAAGAAGGAGAAAUCGCUCAGCGACGAGAAGAACUUGUUCAAGCUCGAACAAGACUUUGAAGUCGCCUCGAACGAGUAUGACUACAUCAACACCGCCAUGAAGCAAGACAUGCCCCGUUUCAUGGUCCUCGCCACGCGCUUCAUCGACCCGCUCUUCCACUCCUUCUUCUACAUGCAGUUGAACAUAUUCUACAUGCUACUCGAGAAGCUGAACGAGUUCGCCGAGGGCAAAUACGACGUGUCGGUCACCCCCGCCCAGAUCGCGCAAGAGUACGACGACAAGCGCUCAGACGCAUGGCACGUCAUCGAGGAGCUCAACAUCACGAAGCGAAUCAUUUCCACAUCCAAGAUGCUCGCCAACCAGCGCGGCCUCUCCCCCGGCGCUCCGAGCCUCGGCCGCUCCCCCUCCGCCUCCUCCACCAGCACCUCCCGCACCAUGCCCCCCUCCUCCGCCUCCGCCACCCCAAGCUUCAGCAAAAAACCGCCCCCGCCCCCGCCCUCCGCCUCCUCCUACAAGUCCACCUUCACCAAAACCUCCCCACCCCCGUCCGCCCCCGCCCCCGCCGCGCCCCCUCCAUACACCCCGCCAGCCACCUCCAGCUCCGGCGGCGUCGCAGCGGCCGCCGCCGCCUUCAACGCCGCGGCAGCGAAGCGCGGGCCCCCGCCGCCGCCGCCGCUCAAGCCGAAGCCGAAGCCCGCGGCGCCCGCGCCGCAGUACGUCGUCGCGCUGUACGACUUUGACGCACAGGCGGACGGGGACCUCGAUUUCAAGGCCGGGGAUCGCAUCGAGGUCGUCGAGCGCACGGGGAGCAGCGAGGACUGGUGGACGGGCCGCGUGGGCGGGCGGCAGGGCGUGUUCCCGGGAAAUUACGUGCAGGAUGCUUGA